AAACAGGGCAUGCCCCAUCUCGAGUUUCAUAGACAGGGGAAAAAAAGAGAGGAGGAUUCGACUGGCGCCUUUCUGUAGCAACAUUUAACUGAGGUUUUAUGGAGCCCGACGGACAGGGGGAUGAAGAUCUCUGCAGUGCUCACGGUUUUCCUGACUAGUGUUCUCUUCGGAGAUGUUUGCAGAGCCAUCAACGUCACAGUCACUCCAUCUCCGUUCACGGUGGCAGCCGAGGGGGAGAACGUUACGCUUUCGUGUCAGGUGACCCAGCAGCACAAGACGGACAGUCUUCCCGUGGUGCGCUGGAUGUUCCAGCCGAUGUGGGGAGGUGACGAACAACUCGUGGCCAAGGUAAACAUGAGGAAGGCCAAGUUCUACGGAAACUACACCAAGAGCUUCCCCAAGCCUAAGAUGAAGUUGAUAGUGGUGAAACAAGGGAAGAUCUACAACCUUCUGAUCAUCAACAUCACUAGUUAUGACAGAGGCCUCUACAGCUGCAGAGUCCAGGAGUUUAAGAAGCAUCGGGAUCGAUGGAAAGCGUCCACCAACUCCUCAGCUGCUACAGAACUCAAAGUGCACGUCCUCCCAGCCGGCAGUGCCAAGGAGGGACUGUGGAGUCUGUUUGAAGACGUGUAUCUGUGUGCGGUGCUGAUCUGUAGUGUGGGGCUGCUGUGCAUGUGUAUGUUCACUGUGGCCGUGAGCUGCCAGUAUCUGCAGAGGAAGAGGCAUUUAAAAGAAAAUUAUCAUUUGGUCAAGAGCCCUCAGAACAGUUCUGGGGAGACAGUCACUAGUGUGGUCAGCCUAUCUCCAGCUCUACCCAAAAAGCAGAGGAAGUACAAGACAAGGAAAACAGUAGAACAGGUGGACGUGCCACCGGAGAUCCCUGCUAAAGCUCCCAUCGCAGACAAACUACGAAAGCCGAAACUUUUAAAGCCUCAGCCGAGAAACAUCAUUUUGCCAAAGAUUGCUGAGGAGAAUCUGACGUAUGCAGAGCUUGAACUGGUUAAGCCACUACCGGACUCCAAAACAUCAAAGACAGGAACUGUGUAUGCCCAAAUACUUUUUGAGGACAAAACAGUGUAGGACUAAGCCAGGGCUUAAUUUGUGCCAAAUCUGGAUCCAGCAUCUCCCAGAUCAGGUCCAGAACUUAUCAUCAUAUGAUGAUCUGUAGAGAUCUGUAGAGAAAAAAGAUGAAUAUUUUCUGCAAACAACUUGACAAAUGCUGUAGAGCAUGACAACAUGGAAGCUAACUAAACAGCAGUGAGCUGCUUCUCCUCGUGCCAUGGUUCACUUGCAGCUCCUGUUCAUUUACGUGGUGAUAGAAACUGUAAUAAAAACAAUACUGACGCUGUUUAUCACUCGCAAAUGCGUCACUACUGCUGUUCAUCCCUUAGAAGAGAUGAGAAAUGUGAGUCAAUUUAUUAACUACUCAUUAAAAACUUAGUUUAAUUUUGGGAAACCCACAUCUGAGAAAAGGUUCAAUGCUUAAGAGCCUCGUUUAAGAGCCUCACUCAUUAGUGAUCCAAUGUUAUGGGAAAAUCUCAAGCUGUGUGUCUAAUCAUGUUUUGUUUGGGAACCUGAUCCCACUGUACUUUGUGUUCUAGGACCUCAACAUUUACAAAUUAAGCCCUGGACUGUCCCAUUUCACUGAGGAAAUUAGUUAUUUAUAAUACACAAUAUUAAGUUCAAUGUUUGUUAUGUUUUUCUAACCACAUAUACAGUGUUGUGUGCUUAGCUUUUGUUUUGUACAUAGCUUUUUGCGACACAUUCCAUGUACAGUACAGGCUCCUCUGUGUUAUGUCUGACAGCUAACUGUAGCUUGCGGCAUUACAUAAACAGCCAUCUUUAGCCAUCCCCUCCCAGAAAACUAGUCCUGUUAUCAGAGCUGCCCUCUCAUCUGCAAGCCAAAAUCAACUCCCUUCUCCAGCCGUGCCCAAAUUAGGGAGCCAAGGUAGACUUUAAUUGCUGGUUGUGGUUGAGUAAAUGCUGAGAAAUCGUUGGCUUUAAUCUGUCGUACUUUUCUAAUCUCUGCACUACGUGUAAAACCAGUGUACGAUCUGAAAAUAAUGACUUCCAUAACUGCAGGCAUCAGCGUUUAGAGAUCUAAACUUGAAUGCUCAGAAAACGACAUUUGCCAUUCCUUAGAUUUGAGUGUAGAGUUACUUAGUGGUGUUUUUUUUUCUUCACUUUAAUAGCUCCUUGGAUUUAACCAUGGAAAAGCUAAGCAACAACACCAAAUAGCUUCUUGCUCCUCUCAGAAAAAAGGCCGCUCAUUCCGCACAGGCAGGAACCGUUUUCCACUUUAUCAGCAAAAGGUGGAAA